UGCACAGAUACAAAUAAUCAUGACAAACUUUUUAACAAAGACUAUAAUGAUGAAUAAGACAUCACAAAUCAGCAAAAGUCUAGGCGUUUCCGGUGACGAUGAAGAGGUGGAUGAGGAACAGCUCGAAAAAUCCAAAAAAGAAGCCAUGUUAGAAGACAAGAGAAUUGCAGAAAGAAGAGAACAACACGCUUUAAAGCAUGCUGCAAAGAAAGCUGAUCGGGCAAAGAAGCGGAAUGAAAUUCGUGAGAAGUACGGCCUGAAAAAUAAAGACUAUGAUGAUGCUAUUAUAUCAUCACAUCAAAAAACUGCAUCAUCUGGUUCCGUUGCAUCAAAAGGAAGUACUUCUUCUGCAAAUCAAAGUAAACAAAACAAAGAUUGCUCUGUAAUGUAAAAAACAAAGUAACAACACCUCAUACCACUAGAGGGGGCUGUGUUAGUCUAGUAUUUAAAUGUAGUGCUGUAUAUGUAAUUGAAAGACGAAUUUUGAAUCAGAACCAUGAAGCUUAGUAACAAACUGUUUUUUUUCCUGACCUGAAUCCAAAUAUUUUCAGACACAAAAUGAUUCUACUAAUCCUAUGCAGAUGUAAUGGUGCUUCUAAUAAGAUACAUGUAAUCAACAUAAAAAUUAAAUUAAUACAUUAUUAUUAUUUACAAUGUCAUAUAUAUUUUACUGUUCUGUUAUUUGCAUGUAUUAUAAAAUAAAAAUAAUUUAUAUU